CGUUCCCAUACGUGGCUUAAGUCGUGACGUCAUUCCACAGUCAAAACAUAAAAGAUGGCGAUGGCAAACAUGUCUAGUGGUAUGUGCCAGCAAAUGGUUGUUCCAACGGCUUAUCACUUUCCCCAGCCACAGCCACACCCGACUCCUACAGUGACACAGGAACCUGAACAAAAGAAAGAGCCAAAAAAGAGAAAAAAACCCGCUGAGAAGUCGAGUGGCGAGAAGAAGAAACCAAGGAUCAUAGGCCAGAAUACGGAUUAUGUAUCAGGCCUUAGGUUUGACAACGAUGAUCAACGCGGGGAAUGCUCCAGGUGUAACAAGAAAAAAUGCUUUAAGCAUAUUGAUGCCAAAAAUAAAAAUCAGAUGUCCAAAAAGACUCCUGAAGAUACGGUGCUACAGAUGAAGAAACACAUGUUGAAGUUACUUUCUCUUCCUGAUUAUACUGUUUUUUGUAAAACUGAACAGAAAAAUGGCCAAUUAGAUAUAGAUAUUUCUAAGAUGCAUCGGUCGUACUUAGAAGAGCAUGAACCUCAGGCAUUUGAACCACCACCUUCCAACGAUCCCAGUAGAGAGUACAAACCCAAAGUAAAGCAGUGGCUUUAUAGAAAAAUAUUCCUUGACGAAUUUAAAAAUUUUGACUACAAUGCUUGUAAGCGCCUUCUUGGUGACCUCCGUCGUAGCAUUGAGAGUGUUAUGUUGCAGAAGAAAAAGAAAACACCAAAGCCUAAGCCACCUGCUCCCCCUCCACAACAACAGGUCAUGCCGCAGGACUACAGCAUGAAUAACAGUCACAAUGUAAAUAAUGGAGGACCUGCAGAUAUGAGUCGUACAGUUGCAUUACCUCCAGGGACAAUUUUUGCCACUACCUCAACACAUCCACCUGUUAGUAAUGCUGCACCAGGUUAUCAACCAAAUUUAAUGAACUUGGGGGUAGAUGGUUCAUCUGCACCAGUUUCCUCAAUGGCUGCAAUGGGGGCAACAUCUACCUUACACAACUCUUUAGCAACAUAUAUGACUCAGCAAGCACAACCAAAUUUGUUGUUUGGUUUAGGUCAGCAGCAGCAGCCUCCACCUGCCCAACAACAGCCUUUAAAUUUACAAACUAAUCAUCAAGGACAACCAACAAUGCAACCUCCACCUCCCCAUCAACCCCCUGGAGCUACUGCAGCUCCUCCAGCAGCUGCUCCUCCAUUACCGCUAAACUUACAUAAUCCGUAUUACGUAUCUUUAGGGCCUAUGUUACCUCUCCCUAUGUCCACACCUCAACAUAAUCACCAGCAACAGUUUCAGCAGAAUAUGCUGCAACAACAGCAAGGCAUUCCAGGGGGUUUUAAUCAGCAUACUAUGUAUCAGUGAGGCAAGGUGGCCCCUAGCCCCACCCACUACCCGUCCUCUGUGCCAGCGCAACAUAGAAACCAUCAGUAUUCUCCUUACACUCGCAUGCCAGCUUUAGUUGGCACGUACCAGUAUACUUGGUCCAUGGCACAAAGUAAUUCAUUGACUUCAUCUAGACAAGUGAACUUUCCUCCAUCAUUUACCUCACAACCUCAGCAUCCGUAUUUAACACCCAAUUCAGUCCCUCAACUUCCUCCUCAGCAUUUUCCACAUGCUCAUCAUCCCCCAGUUCCAGUAUCACAGUUGUCUUCCACCACACAGCAUCAGUCACCUGUUACGCUCACACAACCAUUAUAUCAGCACCAGAUCAUGAACUGUUCCAUUCCAACAAGAACAACUGAGCAUCAGAAAGGUCCAGGUGUUGAAGCUUCCCCAAACCCAGUUCCUUGCACAUCUGCAUCUUCCCAGCCAUUUUCAACUUGCGAUCUUAGUUCAAAUGUGCAACAGCAUCCUCUCCACACCACUGAAAAUAACUCGCAGGAUAUUUACAGGGAAGCUACUUUACCAGUUUCAACACAAUAGAAAUAAUAGACCUCAUGCUCAUACAUCAUUAUGGGUAUUACUCGUUGUCAUGUCUUUCCAGUCAUCAAGACAGGUUGAAUUCUUGUCAAAAGUCUUGUCAAUGGACUGUUUUGUGCUAAACUGUGAAGGGAAUUCCCUUUUGAGUGAUUUAUAAUGGUACUUUUUUUCUUGUUUUUGGUUGUGCUUAAGUGGAUAGAAAGUGCAGAAGCCCUUCAAUGUGCUAAUUGGUACAGAUAAGGUUAGUGGCCAUAAAUGAACAAUGUAUUUUGGUGGGACUUUGGGGCCGAGCUGUCGUUUUUACUGCACCAGUAAGAUAUAAAAUACAGUUCAUGUAAACCCAAAUGAAUUUUUUAUUUUUUGAAAAUCAUACAUAGUAUAUUACAACUAGAUUAAAUCUUUGAUAUUAGUACAGUUGAUGUACCUAUUUGAUAUAUAGUAUUUAGGUAUUUCAUUUUAUUGUUUCGAAAGUAACUUGUAUUAUUAUUAUUAUUACGAUAAGUUGCUUAACAAGAAAAGCCAAAUUAUCAAAAAAUUACUAUCCUUUAAAUGUGGGCUUCCCGUAAGGAUGGAAUUUUCCUUAUUUAGAAUACUCUGAGAGCAUAUUGUUGACUUUAAAAUUACAGGUGGAUGUCCAAAUAUCUGUGAUGGAUUGAAAUAUUAUAGUAUUGUUUUAUUAUUACACUUCUAAUCAUUGUAUUGACAGUGAUUAUUGCUGAUAUUUUUAGUUUAAAAUGUAAGUUGAUUACCCAUGGACAAAAACCAUUCAUUUUUAAAAGUAAAUUACAUUUUGUGAUCAGUGAAUUCUAUGCAGUAUUUUUGUGCUUUUUUCAAUUGUGUGCUAAAGUGCCAUUACCUCCACUUUCCAAGAAAGGUAUUAGCUGAUAUCUGAGGAAACCUUUAGUUGUGAUGUAAGUAAUGAACAGGUCGAACAGAUCUUUUGAAAAAAUGUUUCUCUCGUGACUUGGUUAAUCUCUUUCUUGUUAGUCAAGGGUUAAAUGUAGGCAUAAUUUGCAUGUGGUCUUAUUGAAUAUGCAGGAAUUUUUGAGCUAUUUUAUUUUUUGUUACAUAGAUGUGUAUAUAAUUGAUGAUGUUUAUAACUUUCUGCCAUGCUGUAUGAGGGAUUUCUGUUAUACAGAAUUCAGUAUGGUUACAAUUAUGUAUUUUUGUCAGAUUGCAUUAUAAAACAUAUAUUUUUUGGCCAUAUUAAGGGUAGGUAACUUGCCUUUUAAAAACUCCAGCAGUGAUCAAAAUAAACCAUUAUUAUGGAAAUUCAUGCAUUGUCAUUUUAUUUUGUGGUCAGUAUGUCAAUAUUAGAAUAAAUACAAUGGAUAAUAAGAUGAACUCAAACUUAUAAAAAGUGGUAUUUUAGGAGACUUACUGUUAACUACCUAGGGAAACUCUCCAGAGAAUUAGGGCAUUGAUCGGUGUGAUAGAUAUAAUCUCGAUAGAACUAGAAAAACAGAAAGCCAGAUAUAUUUACGGGCAUUUCAAAAUUUAGGAGACAAUUCAGUAUUUCUCCGUUUGAAAAAUGUGCAUGACAAAAUUGAUGGCUGUUACAAACAGAGGGUCUGAAAUUUUAUAGAUGAUUUUUACACUAGAAAAAAUAUGGUAGUUCAGUCAAGGCUCAUUUGUAUUUGGUUUAAAAGUCAUGAGAAUAAGGCAUAAGAGCUCAUGAUGUCAAUCUCUUUUCCUCUGAUUAUGUUGCCAAUUAUUAUUUUAUAUUUGUAUGAAUUUACUAUUGACAGCUUUGUAAUUUUUUUACUAUAUAGGCUUGCAUUACAUAGUUAUGAUCGCAGAGAUAGCUAUGGGUAAAUUUUUGGUUUGCAAGCUUUCUGACCCCAGGAAUCCUUGUAAGUUGGACAAUAGACUUCCAUGCAAUUGUAUCUGGGGUCCAGCAAAUGUUCCAUUGUCUUUUGUAUAACCAGUGGUGUUAGGCUCUACGUCAGAAGUUCUUUCUGUGAUUUUAUGGAUAUAUUUCUUUCUGUUUUCUUCCUUCCUCAUGUAACUUCACACUACUACAUUUUGGUUAUUCAAGAUUUGAGUCCGUCCUAAUCCAUAUGUAGGAAAGAGCUUUGACUGUACUUAAGGUAUGUUUGUCUUGAUCCUACUUCUUUGUAUUUGAAACAUAUCAUAGGUGCUGUUAGAGUGCAUUGAUGUAGAAAGCAACUGUGUGACAAUGAAUAGUAUGUUUGUGCUCCAGCAGUGUAAUUGGAAAUGGCCUGUAAGAACAAAGAUACGUAUAUGAUUUUAUUAAAUUGGUUAGUUUUUAGAACUGAAGAUCACUAUCUUCAGUGUUUUGUCAUCCCUUUAACUGAAUGCCAUAAUCAUUUUUUUCUUGGUUACUGUGAUUACAGGAAUUUGUUUCCUAGUACCUGGGCAAAUAAGUUUUUUAGUAGUACUAGUUAUACUAAAUCUCAAUUACUACAUAAUUAUUCAUAAGGUUAAUUUGUGUAAUUGUACUGUAAAAGUACAGUUGAUUUUUUCAAAUCUUGAAGUGUAUAGCUAUAACCUGUAAUAAUUACCAUAACCAAGUAGGUUGUGCUGGUAGAAUGGUGAAAAGUAUUCAGGUUUUGACAAAUUUCAGAGAUCCUAUCUUAAUGUUUACUGUCUAACAAGACUACUGUAAAUUUUCUACUAUAUACAAACCAGUUCCUAAAUAGUUCUCAUGCACUUUAGAUUGUACUACCAAUUCCUGUGUCUUAUGUUUUCUUUUUUCAGUUCUUUAAGCUUUUGCUAGUAUCUUUCAUAUAUGUUGUUAUUCUGAUUUACAGUAUAUGUGUGUCAUGAAUUUUAUAACUAUUAUUAUAUUUCAUGUUGAAGUAACUUACUUUUUAAGUUUUGACAGGCCUUGGUUUCUUGGGUAGAAUGUGUUUAACCAUGUUGUAAUUGCAUUUAAUCAUUUUUCAUGGUUGUGUGACCAUUUGAUAAUUCUACUGGAACUUAACGUAGGUUUGGAUUUGUCUGCAAGGCUCAUGAUUUGGUUUCUUGAGUUGGUAUUUAUUAAUGAUUCAAGUGUGCCAGCAUCAGGAAAUUUAUUUUAGUAUUUUAAAUACAUUCAACUUUUCUUUUGUUGAGUGGAAAAGAAUUGGAGUAAUAUGCCUUUCAUGUCCACCUAUUAAAAGGUCUGGUGGAGGGUUACUUAACAUCUGUCAUUUUUAAGUUUCUCUGAUUCCUAUAAUCUUUUUAAGAACUGUGGGUGUCCAGAGCCCGUUAUGGUGAAUUUUUUUUUUUUUUUUUUUUUUUUUUUUUUUUAUAAUAUUGGCAAUAGAAGCACAGUAUAAUUCGUAAGUUUUAUAGUUUUCUCUGCCUUUUCAAAGCAUUUUGAAAAUUUGUUAGUUCUUCAUACUUAUUUUGUAUUCAAAUAUUUAACGGUAUUUUGAGCUCUGAAAAAAUAGAGGUUUGGGAAAAUGGUUGUUGAAGGUUUUUCUAAGUGCAGUGACUGCUGUGUGAUGUGUAGACACAAAACCCCACAUUCUUUUCACCAAGUGUUAAUCUUGCUUUUAUCUGUUUGGUGUCUAAAAAGCUCAAAGUUAUACUAUUGGUUUACUGUGAAAUUCAGAGCCUUUUCCCGGUGUUUUUCCAGAAUAACUUUUUCUGUGCAUUUGACAAAGAUAUCACUUAGCCAUAGUAUACUUUACAUCCCUACCUAAUUUUUGGCAUAAUUUUUUAUUACUUAUAUUAGAAAAAAGUAUAUUCACAAGAGUAAAAUAAAGCAGCCGAAGCCAGUGGUGGAACACUCCAAUGUAUGGGUUCAAAGUUAUAUGUGAUGUAAACAUAUGAAGAUGGCCAACUCCUCCCACGAGGAGAUGACGACAAAUAGCUGUCUCCGAAAUUGUGAAUGAAUAUUCGUACCUUGUCAAGGCUUCAAGAAUGGUCCCCGUGGUUGCAGGACAGCUUUUGUGAUUCGACUUGCACAAUUGUUUAGAAGUGAGGAAGCCCGUGGCAAACCUUAAGUUAGCUUGAACAGGUAAAUGAAUAAUAGGGCCCUUUUUUUUGGUAACAAGUACACCCAGACAUCCAAGGCAACCAAGUUUACGUCAUUUGUUGACUUCCAUAAGGUGCAGAAAUACCAUUAUAUAUGCUCCAAUUAUUACAAUGAUCAUCACUGUCAUAUUAGGAAAAAUAUCAAAGGCGUCACGACGAAUACCGGUUUUCUUCACUUUGUUAAUUGAUUUUUAAUUAUAUAAUUUUUCAAUGGAGAAAUAGUGAUAGAAAGUAAUAUCUUGGAUUACUUGUGGAAACCCUUCUCUUCAAGGGUUCUAUCAUUCUACCUCAUGGCAUAAAUCUUAUAUACUGCUAUCACUACUACAAAAUGUAAACAAGGAGUAAUGGUUGUAUUUCAUUGUUGCCAGAGGUGGAGACUUUCACGAAUAGCCAAUCAUCCAUCGAGAAGGAGGCAAGUUAAUAACGUCAUUAUAUCUUUGAAAGACAUUCCUCUGAGUUUGCUGGCGAUGUCUACAAGAAGUCAGUGUUACUCUUAUAAUUACCAGAAUUAUGCAACUUCUGUAAUACAGAAUACAGUAAAAAAUUAGGUAGGGAUGUAAGAUACCCUGUGACAGUGUCAUCUUUGUCAGGUACGUUGAUAAAAUUUUUAUCGGAAAAACACCUGGACACUGGCUGUGAUUCUCAUAGUAGUCUGGUAUGAAUAUAUUCAGUCUUAGAGAGGAAUGUGGUAGGGUUCUUGGGGUUUUUCAGAAUCAUGAAAAAUCUUGAAAUUACAGACAGGCAAUUAUCUUGUUUCAUCAAACAAGAUAAUUGCCUGUCUGUAAUUUCAAGAUUUUUCAUGAUUCUGAAUAUUUUCAGAAUAUUUUCGAAAAUUUUUAACAGCCUUUUGUGUGCUUCAGAUAUAUUUUAAGGGAAAAAGGAUUUUACAAUGUGUUUUGUGUUUUGCAUGAAGGCCAAAAUCUUAUGUUUUCACUGAUGAAUUCUCUUGUUUUCACUGAUGAAUUCUCUAGAACUCUUUUUGUUAUUGCAUUUAAGAGCCUUUGUCCUUUUUUUAUUUUUGUGGUUUUCUCCACAAAUCAAGCCAUUAUUAGAAAGACUCCUAUGACUCCAAAGGUAAUACUUUAAAUAGAUCAUUAGUUAGUGGAUCAUGUACAUUUUUGAUAACUGAAACACCAUUAUAUAUAUAUAUAUAUAUAUAUAUAUAUAUAUAUAUAUAUAUAUAUAUAUAUAUAUAUAUAUAUAUAUAUAUAUAAUACACCUUAAAAGAAUUCAAGACUAAUAUAAAAGAUCAGUAUGUCUUUGCUGUGAAAUUUUUGGAGAUUAGGCUAAUUUCAAUUUGACAUUUCUAUAGCUUUAAAAUGAAUAAGUUUUUCAAAAGAUCUCUAAGAAUUAGCCUUGUCUUUUCAGCAUUCAGAUAAUCUCUCUAUUAUGUUGUUGAAGGUCAGAAAUGAUAUUGAGCAUCUGAAUUCUUGUGAAUAUUUGUAAAUGUAUGUGUUGCUUCUAUGUAGGUGGUGAUGUGACAUGGUGAAGUCACAAUUUAGAAAUAUUUUACAUUUCAUUAUUUUAUAUGUAUUUAGCAGUUUUAAUCUGAAUAUUAUUCAUUUGCUUCACCACAAGAGCAUUACUUAUAAAUAGCCUUUACAUGGUAACAAAAUCGCUACAGAUGAUUUAGUCCCUAUUUAAGCAAGAAAAAUAGAAGUGAUAUGGUUGUACUUUGCAUUAAUGAGAGGAUCCCAAUCUCAGGCAGCCAUCAGUCAUAUUAUCUAGAUGUUUAUACAUAUAGACUAAAUUUACUCUUGUGAAGUCAUCUUACACUUCAGCUUAUUGUGAUAUUUGUGACAAAUUACACUUUUAUACAUGUCACCCAUUAUACUUUUUCUGAUUUCCUUAUCAAUUUAUUUCAGUUGUGGUUUAUGUGUUUCAGCCAUGUGAUGGUGAUUAAUAAUUUUUCUUGAUUUCUGGAAAUGGAAUGCAGGAAACUGGAUUUGGUGUUUUUUCCUCCAGUGUGCAUAGAAGUUUAAUAAGAAUUUUUUAGUACUGGCUUCAGGUCUAGGGUGAGGUUUGCACUUAAUUCCAUUCCUUGUAAAUAUUUGGUCAAUUUUAGUCAAUUUGGUGUGGGUAAGUUUGAGCUUUUUUGUUAAUGGUUAGGGUAUUUAUUAUCUUAUUUGAUUCUUUGAUAGAGAUUUUGCUUAAUUUGUAGGAUUAGUUACUUAGGCAUAAGUUUCCAUUCUUUUCUUUUAGCCUUAACUCUUGGAAGUAUUUGCUUAUUUUUGUCUUGGGGGUUAAUGACUAAUGUCGUCAGUGUUAGUUUAUUAACAUUACUGUUGUACUUUUUACCUUUUGCUGUUUUGUAGUACAUGAUCUCUCAAACAUUUACAUUUUUGGUGCGCUGUAUACUUUGUGCAUUAUUGUAUCUCCACAUUAUUUCUUCCGUUUCAUCUUAUCUUGCUCAAUUUAGGAUUUCUAAGUGAGGGCAUCCUUCAUUACUGGGUAAAGCUUGCAAUGCCCCUAUGUCAGGCAUUGAAUUGGACCAUAUCUAGUGUGUAAUAGAUACCAGGGUCAAUAAUGUUUUUCCAAAUACACUAGCCGCUUGUGCAGAUAUUUAUUGGUAAAGUAGUCAGGAUUUUAAUACAAAGAGAAGGUGCCCUCAAGAGCAAUGCAGCAGAAUUUUGGUACUCUCCAGCAUGUGAAUAUUUGGCCCUAGUCCUUAGCUUCUCAGCAAGACCACCUUUAUUUGUUUAAUUUUAGGAUUUACCUUUGUGCCUGAGUUGUCAACCAAUAUUGCUCCUGCUCCCCUUUCCUUUUGCCCUGCUCCUGCUGAGGUAGUAUAAGCCUGUGCUCCUGCUGUGACUAGGUUGAUACCUAGUGCCUCUCCCAUUGCCUUAGCAACUUGCAGAAGCAGAUGUACAUGAAGAGCAAUUUAAGAAGAAUUGACUAGCCUAUCAGAAGAAAUUGUGUUGCUUGUUAAAGAAGACUCCAAAGGUGUUCAUUUUUGUCAAAUGAACUGCAACAGUUUAGCACUGUUAAAGCUUUUAUCAAGUGCCAUUCUGAUGACAGGAACCAUGAAAAGAGGUGUUUAAGUUUUGAUAACCAGUGUACUCAAAAUGCUGGAAGUGUGAUUAGAGCUACAAUCAGAGUUGGUCUCCCCUUUCACGACCAGUGUUGCUCUGAUAUUAAGUCAUUCCCUCUUUCAUGAAUAGUGCUGUUGCCAUGGUCAGAACCAUUUUUCCUUCAUGGCUUGUGCUGCUUCAGUGACCAGAGCAUUCCUACUCUAAUGGUUGGUGCUUCUGAUGACUGAAACCAUGACCCAAGCAGCUCUAGUUGACUGGAGUUGAUUCAACUUUCAAGACAAGUUUCAUUUCAAUGACUGCUCAAGUCUUCACCAGAGGAACUUUGACUAGAGCAUAGUAAGCAGUAAAUUAAGCACUUUUUUUGGAAGGAGCCACAGAAAAGAGAAAUCUUCAUAGCACCCAGUGCUUCUUUGAGGUUUCGAGUGUAGAUUAAGUGUGCUGUUACAGGUAAGGACUGUAAUAGGGACUCUAGAAGGUUCUGAUGACCAUAUAAUUGUACAGUGGAUCAUCCGUGUACACCACAAAUGCUUUUCCUGUUAGUCAUUCACUUCAACUUUAUGUUACGACAUCUUUAAUCUGGAGAGUCAGCUGAGCACUUUAGAUGGAUCCAACUAAGUCAGAAGAUUUAUUCCUGUUCUUUGAGCUUUCUCUUACGGCCAAUGCCAUCACACCUAAAAUUGCAGACAUCUAGGAACUUACAGAGGGGAUGAGCAUUUGAGAGGGGUACAAUAGGCCCAUGACAUUUCAGUAACUUUUCUAGCUUCUAGUCUUUGGGCUAAGGCACUUGAAAAGUUACUGGAUGUUCAACUCAUUUCCUAUGUCCACCUUUGAGUAUGAAGACAUGAUGUUCACAGUUUCAGAAGGAUGGGACACUUUUUAAAGAAGUUCCUUGCCAUAGCAAACUGGCUUAAAUUUACCCUGGACCAGACAAUGUCUCCUAGGUUGAGUAAACACUAUUUAAGUGGCCACUGCUUUAUAGAAAGAUUGUUUGAAGGUGUAAAUGAUAAGACCGACAUCACAGCCAUUAGAACAGUGAUGAGGAAUCUGAGAAUUUCCAAUAUUGGAUGUAGGCACAUUGUCAGAGACUGAGAUGCAGAAAUAGAAGGAAUUCACAGGAGGCUGUCAAGUUUACACUGCUUAUUUAUCAAAGCUCAUGAAUUUUAGGACAAACAAUGAAACUGAUAGUAACUUGAGACCCUGGGAUCUUCCAUCCAUGUGCUAUAUUACUAACUGAUUGCCAUUUAUUUCUUUACAUUUUAAUAGGGACUGAAGAGACUGGGAAGAUUUUAUGACCAUAAAAAUGGCUAAUUAUAAGUACAUACAGUAAUAAAUUGAAGGUAAUUUAUUCAGAUUUAAGUUUGCCAUAACUGACUUCAUUAUUUACUAUUUUGACACAUUGAAAGUUGCAUAUGUUUCCUUUUAGUAUGGAUAUGAAGGCACCACUCUUUUUAUUGGUUUAGUUGCUCAUUGUUUUAAAAUGCCUUUGCCAUGCCUUUAGUUGAGGGUAAACAAUUAUCUUUCAUCAAUUUUGGUUAUUAUUUUUCCCGUAAUUUGUCUUUCUUUUGCUGAAGUUCCUUAUCAAUCAUUUGCAUCUUACUUCAUCUUCAAAAUAAUGUGCUACCCAAAUGAAAUCCUGGUGAUUGUUUUGUCAUUUUAGAUAUAUGAAGAAGAGCAUCUAGGUUCCUUUCUCAUUAUGAUGAUUUUGUUGCUCAAGAGAACUACUACUGUUGAAUAUAUUAACAAAGAUGUUUCAGUGAAAUUAAAGUGAAAAUGAAAAAUUAAAAUAAAAUGUCAACUAAUAUUAGAUUACUAAGUUUUUCGAGGAGACAGGAAAAUAAAGUAUGAACAGAAAAACACAAAAUUAAGUUAUAUUAACUUUGAUUUCACUUUAUCAUGACUUCGUAGAUGACUCGUAUUAGUUGUCUUUAUCAUUUUUUUUUUUUCUAGAUGACUGUUAGUUGUUAUAAUUCAAAGCUCUUAUGUCCAGGUUAUUCAGUUUAUUGUGUUUAUUACUUGAAUACUUUCUUGUCUUGCCUUAUUUCAUUUUACUAUAUUGAAUAAAAAAGAUGUAAGAUACAGUGAUAGAAUUUGUAUGUUCUAUUUAGUGUCCAGAAAUAUCCAUUGUACCAGGUUGCAUUAUAAUUACUCCUAUCAAUUUUGUUUAUUCUCAUAUAAUUUGAAGGUUAAUUGAAUGUAGGGAUGAACUGAAGAGUUUAGAAUGUUUUUCUCAUUCCUGAUAAUGAAGUGUUAUCAUUAUAGAGUUCCUAACUUUUCAAUAUGUCCAGAAUUUUACUGUGAAAAUAUGGUCUGCAUAGGGUGUUAAUUAUUACAAACAUUUUCUUUAUGGCAUUUAAUUGCUGAGCUCUUAGUUAUGUUAUCUUUUUGUUGGAAGGAAACUCAGAAUCUAAAAUUGAACUCCAAGGAAAAGAUUGUACGUAUUAUUGUAUUCUAUUCAUGAAGUACAUUUCCUAACUUUUGUCUAAAAACCAGGAAUUUACUCCAGAAAUACGUACUCUGGUUGCAACGAAGCAUUUAUAAUUUAUAUUUUUAUUGCUGGUUACCUUUUAAUUAGUCAUCUGUUAGCAGUGUAUUCAUGAUUCAAGUAGAAAUAAACUGAAAUUAAUACAUUAUUUAAUGUUAUUGAAGAUUGCAUGGAGCACACAAAUUGUUUUGCCAUUAAGAUGAUUUCUACUUACUGAUGAAAAUGAGAUUUGUACAUAGAGACUAUUUUGCUGAGAGUACACUUGCACUAGAGUAGCAGAAAUUAUAACAUAUUGUAAGAGUCAUUACAGAUAAAAAAAAAACUUCAAAUAAAGUAAUAUUUACAUUAGCACAAGGAAAGGUGAAAUGUAUUAGACCACUCUAUAAUCAUCCAUAUGUUUUAGUUUUCAUUUUGUACUUAUGAAGAUUCUUCCUCAAGUUAUAUAAUUUUUGUUAAUCGUUUGUUCGUAAAUUUUGUAUUUGUUAUAUAUAAUAAAAAGGGAUAUGCUUGCCUUUUUUGCUGGGAAGACUAAAAUUUGUCAACUAAUUUCCGAGACGUGCUUCGGCAUUAGGAUUUAUGCCUUUGUUCCAGUUGUUUCUUCCUCAAUUUCUCUGUCAGCCUCUGCUUAUAAUGGAGUUGCCAAGGAUUGUUGAGGAUGAUAAAUAUUUUAUUUUGUGCCGAUAAAGAUUGUGAUUUGCAAAGUGCUUUUCUUAUGAGUUUACUGAAAUGAGAAAAGUGACAGUUCAUGGCUACUCUUUGGAUUCAUGUACGGGUCAGUCAGAUACAGAAUGUAGUGUGGAAUUUUCUCAUGUAGUUUUUACAAUUAUUUUAUGAAUCAAUCAUGAUAGCUUAAUAUUUGUAGCAAUUUUCUCUUGAAUGACAAAUUAUUAUUUGAACUUUUCACAGUACAGCCUGUAUUGUAUUUUAUUACAAGACAGCAGAUACUAGGGAGCAUUGUUUACAUAAAAGUAAUGUUUGCUGGUAACUCUCAAACUUGCUAUGAGAUAAGUACAGGCAGUCCCCAGGUUACAACGGGGAUUCCGUUCUUGAGACGCGUCGUAAGCCGGAACAUCGUAUAAAAUCCUAAGAAAACCUUACUUUUAAUGCUUGGGUGCAUUGAAAACUUUGUAAACUGCAUUAUUAUUGCAUUUUUCAUAAAAAAAAACUAAAUAUUGAUUAUUUUGCAUUUUUGGUGUCAUAUUUCAUCUGUCAGAUGAGUGUUGUAGGUGUCGUAACCCUGGAAAUAAUGUCUGAUGAAUAUAAUUGAGAAGCACCUUAACCUCGGAACAUCGUAACCUGAACCCGUCGUAACCCGGGGACUGUCUGUAUACUCACUCUGUUUCUUUCUCUCUCUAUGCUUUAUCAAAGAUUAUCAACAUGACAUAGCUCAGCCAUAAUUAAGGUUACUGUAAUAAUAUGCUGGGUUAUCUGAUAUAAACAAAAUAAUGAUUUACAUUGAUCCAGUGUAUUAUGUUAGGUUGUCUUUAAAGGCAAUGCCAUUGAGUUGGUUUUAGUCAAAAUCAGCAAUUUCAAGUAUUUCUUUGUUUUUUAUUUUUCAGUGUUUCACCCUCCUAGUGAAUAGCAUAUGGUACUGUAAGUAGAAAAGAGCAGUAUCCCAUGAGACAAGGGCAAAAUAUGUUGUUGGGAAGGGUAUAUUUGCUGGUACAGAACCUACCAUUUUGUAGUAGCUCUCUUUUGCUAUAUUUAAUUUACCACAGCUGCCCAAUUUUAAUUGAAUUACAACAGGAUAAUCAGGCAAAUGCAAAGUAUAAAAGCUUAAUGGUGCUAAAUCUGCUCAAACAGAUCUGAAACCUGCUUUGUGUCACCACUAGCAAUUUUUGUUUCCUUUCGUGUACAUAUUCUUUUGCAGGCUGUAGCACUGGAAGUUUUAUGAACACUAUUUUUUUUGUGGUAAAUUCAUAUGGAUUCUAGUAGGCUAUUGUACUUCCUCAAAAUUCUCCAACUGUCCUUUACUCUUAGUGUGUGUAGCCCAAGAAGAGCCGUGUUAGGCUUAGAGGUCUGGUUGCACUAAUCUUUUAUCCUAUCCUAUUCUAUUCUUAGUGUCACAUUGCUCUAAUUUAAUUAUUUUCUCGUCACUGCUAUUUUUAUUUUUUCUAAAUUGUUUAGCAUUUAUUAAUGUUCUUCAUAUGUACUGUAUAUAGAUAUAUUUUGAUAUUGAAAAAUAUUUUCUAGGAUUAAGUAUAGUCAUAUAUACAGCAAGUGUCAUUUGGAAAUAUUUUUUCCAUUCCAGGUAACACAAUUCGUGGCCAAGAUUUGUAUUUUUAGUUGUCUUAUGUUGAUGGCUGUUGAGUCAUUUUGUCAUCUUUAGUUUGUUUACUAUUAAUGUGAUAGUUUCAUGUUUGCUGAAUCUACUUAUGGUUGUGAAAUUACUAGAGAUAAGCUGCUGGCAGCAAUUAAUGUAUGGAAGCUCCUUUUAAAUAUGUUGUGAUUUGGAAGACCUAUGAAAAUAUGGAGAGUGGACAGGCAAUAAGCAAUAGGGAAUAUAGUUUUUUCAUAAUCUAAAUGAGAAGGGAUCUUUUGCACACAGUGAAUUGUUGAAGACAUCAUUGUAAUAAUACAUGGCCUGAUGGAAAAUAUUACUUGCUUUAGUGGUGUCUUUUGUAUUUUCUUUCCCUAACACAAAAGAAUCAGUAUAGAGAAGUCUUUGAAGGCGUAAUUAGGUUUAUUUGUAUUGUCCCAGAAAAAUAAAGACUUAAUUGGAUUCACAGAGUAAUUUUAAUAUUAUUAAGCUUCAGUAAUGUUUUUUACUCUAAGGCCGACACUGAAAUUAUGAAGUCUGUAAACAUUACUUGUCAAGAGAUAUGAUCAAGAGUACAAUUUGUUGUAGGGUGUGAAGUGAGCCAUCUUUAGUUAACAGGUUAUUUUUGUGUGAACUGAUGCACUUUUGGACAUUUUGAGGGAUAUGUGACAUUUUUUAAGGAAUUAUGAUAGAUCAACCAAUAAUUAUAACAAAUUAUUUGUAUACUGUACUGUAUAUUAAUGUAAAUAUUGAACUUGAA